UCUGUAUAGUACAGCAUGUACAGUCAUUUGGUUAGCUCUGAUCAGCCCCAGGUUGUGACCGGGUUAUGAUCCAUCUGUCCCUAUCCCCUCAGAGCCAGGACUGGAGUAAGAGUGAUGAGAGACUACUGCAGGCUGUAGGGCAGAACCAACCUGACAAAGUAGCUGCUCUGAUUGUGAAGAAGGGACUCUUCCCCACCAAACUGGAUGCAGAGGGGAAGUCAGUGUUCCCCCUCUGUGCGUCUCAGGGUCAUCUGGACUGUCUGGAGGUCAUCCUGGCUCACGGGCCAGAGGAUCUCUGAAUGAUCCAAUGUUGACCUAAAUGACUAAUGAUGAUACAUACAAUCCACCUGUG